UUCUUGGCUGAAUUGCGACUUGGAAAAAAAAAGGAAUUUUUGUACUACAAGAACUCAACAAUAGAAUAGACAAAACAAAAGGUAUGAAAUUCCCAUGGCGUCAAUACCCAUUACCCACUAAGCAUACUCUCCUUAAAACCAAAAGAAAAGAACAAAGCAAGAUCUUAAGACUAAUCUCCCAUCUUCCUAAAACUUUACACAUAACCCUUUUUUUCCUUUCUUUCGUUCUAUCUUCAGCCCUUUAAGUUUCCUUCAUUCCAAAAUUUUCUCAUCUUCCUCUGUUUUUGUUGUUCAUCAAUGGCAGAUGGAGGAUCAUACACAAAGUCUCAAAAGGUCAAUUCUUUAGCAACAAAUACUCAAAACAAAAAGAACCCAAGUAAGUUUUACUCUAAUUUCCUCUUCAAAGCCAUAAUUGUCACACUUUUCCUUGUUAUUAUGCCAUUUUUCCCUUCAGAAGCUCCUAAUGUUGAUAACCCAUCAAUUUUUUCAAGAUGGUGGGAGCUUCUUCACUUAAUAUUUGUUGGAAUUGCUGUUUCUUAUGGUUUAUUUAGCCGUAAAAAUGAUGAUUUAGAGUGUGAAAAUAACUCUAAAUUUGAUAAUGCUCAGAAUUAUAUGACUAGAUUGCUUCAGGUUCCUUCUGUUUUUGAUGAUGAAGUUGAUAGUCCAACUGGGUGUGAUGAUAAUAAUAUUAACAAGAUUCAAACUUGGAGUUCUCAAUAUCAUAGAAAUGAACCUAAACUUGUUGUUGCUAAACAAAAUUCUAAUCUUGAUGAUGAUAAAUAUGGGGUUAGUGAAAAACCUUUAUUAUUGCCUGUUAGGAGUUUGAAAUCAAGGGUUUCUGAUGGAAAAGAUGUUGAAUUGGUUAAUAUAAGGGAUUCUAAGGUUUAUGCUAGGUCUAAUUCUAGUCCUAACCCUAAUGAAUUUUCACAUGAUUUGCAAAGAAUUAGUAGAAAGGAUGGGGAGGGUUCAAGGGUUUCUAAGGGCUAUGCUAGAUCAAAUUCAAGUGUAAAUGGAAAGGGGUUAGUGAAUGAUUCUAAGAGGAUUAGUGGAAAUGCUAGGAGCAUGGUUGGUAAUAAGUAUGGGUUUGUUAAUGGAGAUGAACAGGUUUCUAGGUCAUUGAAUAAGGCUAAGUCGGGUUCGAGUUCAAGAGGGUUUUCAAGCAUUUCAAGGAGAUCGUCUAGUGGCGAUUAUGGGGGUUUGGACGACGAAGAAAGCGAGGAACACAAAGAGAAGGUUGAUGAAAAUGUUGUUCUUCCAUCUCCAAUACCAUGGAGAUCAAGAUCAGGGAGGAUGGAAAUUAAUAGAGAAGCUAUUGAUUCUACCUUACAUUCACUCCCUCCUUCGCUUGAGGAGAGUGGAGCUGCUCAAUUGUUGAGAUCACGGUCCUCCUUGUCCUCUAGAUCGAGUGCAUCAUCCUCGCCUAAGCAACUAUUUCCGUCUCCUUCACUGUCGUCUCCCAAAAGACUAUCUCCUUCGCCAUCACUAUCAUCCGAGUCACUUGCUAAAAGUGUCGAAGAUAUUGGGAGAAGGAAGCUUGUUUAUAGUUCACAUCUUCCACCGCCCCCACCUCCUCCACCUCCACCCGUUCACAAAUCACAAUAUGGUAAAUCGAAUUCGAGCAAGGACACUAAAGAGAUGUCUAGCCAUCACAAGGAUUUGAUGAGAACUUUAUGGAGUGAACCAAAGGACAUAGGCAGGGGAAAUAGAGAGGAAUCAUAUAACCGAACAAGUUCAGGGUUGGAAUCGAAAGCUAGAAAUGGCACUGAUAGUUCAUCGGUGGGGAAAUCCGUUAGAACGGUUAGAGCUAGUGAGAUGAUGUCAAAUAAGAGAACCCAAGUAGUCGAGGGUGAAAAUGAAAGAUCCGAGGAUAUUGUAUCAGAAGUCAGCGGAAACUCAGAGAGAAAACCUCUGGGCUACAAUCCCACUUUUAAGACAUCUUUCUCAGAAUAUCCGAAGGAAACAAGGGAUUUUCUCGUUCAAGUUCUGGCAGGAACUGACGAUGAUUCUGCUAGCGAGGACGACCACUAUGAGGAAGAACGAGAGGAAACUGCAAAGGUUGAAGAACGAGAGGAAACUGCAAAGACUGAGGAGCCGACUUCUGAUAGUGUUGACGAGGGACCUGAUGUUGACAAGAAAGCUGACGAGUUCAUUGCUAAAUUCCGGGAGCAGAUCAGGCUUCAGCGAAUUGAGUCGAUCAAGAGAUCGACUGUGCAACUCAAAAGAAGCUCGAUUAGGUAAUAAAGCUCUAUUAGCAUGUUAACUUUUGUCUUUCAUAGGGAUUAUAUGCUUGUAAUUUUAGUUAUCAUGAGUUCUUUUUUGGAUUUGGGAUAUGGUGUAUAGAAAUUUGCUUGGUUUACUUGAUUUGAAAUCAAUGGUUACAAUUUACAUGGAUUAUGGAUAGGAUGAUCUACUAAUUGGUAUAUCAGCUUGCUUUCCUCGUUGAACAUGGUUUUUCCGUAGAUUACUAUUUUGACCUUUUGGAUGCAAGUUUUUAUAUAUCAUGGUUUCACAGUUAAAAACAUAGCAUUGAUGGAUAUUUUGUGUGUUCAUCAUUUGUCAAUGGUUAGUUUUCCUGGUUGAAUUUUGUACCGAUAGCAAACUUAAUAGUUUUACCGACUUCUUCAUGUUGGAGCAUGGAUUUUAUGACAUCCAAUGCGAUUUAAGAGUGUAUUCUUUGUCGAUCUUGAUCUACUCCAUUGUUGUUUGAUAACUUAUAUGAAAGUGUUGUAGGCUUGUAGCAUAUUAAUAAACUAGCUGUUUUAGGAAACUACUUUAGUUAGAUUUUCUCCAUGAAAUUCUCUUGUGGAAUGUUUCUUUCACAUCUUGUUUUGUCUUGUUGAUCGUUUCAUAUGAAGCUAAGCACAUACAAGGAUCGAACAUGUUUGGUCGAGAGAUAGAUCAAGCUAAUGAUUAUCUUGGCGGAAUCAUAUAACAAUACAUAGGAAUCAAAGGACGAGCUAUAUGUGGAUGAUCAUUGGAAUUGAUUUUCCUAUUUUGUAGAUUAGUAUUAGAUAGGCUUAGAUAUAAAGCAUAAUCUUUGUUACCUACAAAUUCACGUUGAUUUGUAGUUUGAAUAAAUUAACUCGAUAAACAUUCAGAUUACCAGUUCGAAUUACACUAUUAACACGACAAAUACUUCCCGAUGUAGAAAUCUACUUUAGUGCUUGUAGUAGGUAAAUCGAACCAUUCGAGAUAGAGUCGAAUAUUAUUCCUUCAAAAUAUUAAAGGCGAAGCACCGAUACCUUCUCAAUGUUGACUAGUAGAAUUUUCUAGUAGAGAGAUGAGAGAUCAUAACCUACCAAAUAGGAGUGGUUAAAUUUGCAUAUGAUUAUGACCAAAGUGAAUGGAAUUUCUUCUUUUGUGUUGAAAGAAAAUGGCAAAUGACAAAGAAUAAACCUAAGGUUGGUUGCUUUGCUUUAUCUUAUUCUUUGCUUAAGGCAAAAGCCUGUGAAUAUGAGUCAUUCGUUGGGUGUUUGAAAAGCAUAAUUUGGAUCUGAUAUAAAGGAAUCAAGAUUAAAGUUAGAAUCUUUUCUUAGACAUCAACAUGUGGUUCAACUUGUAAGAUUGUUGGAUGAGCAAAGCUGAGAACCCUGUUCUGUUUAACUCAAGUUUGCUGAUAUUCUGAUUCUACUGAUAAUACUCCUUUGUUCCAUUGAAUUGUCCCUUUGAUUUUGUUAUACUGCGACAAUCAAAAUGAGUGUUUUUUUUGUGUAUUGUGUAGAAAAGUCAAAGGGACUAAGAGAGUAAUAACGGCCCGUUUGGUUUGUAGUAUUAAAUGGUGGUAAUGGAAAUGAUUUAUAGUGUAAAAUUUAAUCAAAAAUUACAUGUCAUUACCAUGGUGAUGAAACCUUGAUAAAAAAAUAUUUGUUUAAAAAUUUCUAUUACCAUCUAAUACCACAUCUUCCAAUGGUAAUGCAUUGGAAUGAAUUUUAUGAAGAAAAUGAGAUGAUUGAAGUUGGACAAGCAUGACCAUCAAGGUAGCCAAGAGAUUUUUCGACCAAAAUUACGUUAAUUUUCAUUCCUAUUAUCACCAUUUAUUAUCACCUACCAUACGAACUGUAAAUAUUUAUCUUCUUAAAAAUAUUAUUAUAAGUUUGGAUACCUACCUCCGAAGAAAACUUGUACUUCUUUUAUUUCCUUGAUUCUGCUAUAUUUUUACAUUUGUUGCAUUUAGUUUACUAUUUUUUAUGAAAAUGAAUGUCACCCUUUUUUAAUUUUCAUUUGUACAUCUUUUUCUGUUUCAAAUAUUACCCAAACAAUUUAAAUUUUUUGUUUUACUAUCGAACAACGUAACUAUUCCUUCAUAUUGAUGUCAAAUGCCUUCGUGUUUCGUAGAAAAUUUAGGGUGAUGGAGAAGUAUCUAUCAGACUAUCAAUGUGAUGUAUUACAUGUUAUAGAAUUUCUCUACUUAAUAAUUCACUGUAUAUUCAUCCUUUCAAGACGAAAGUAUGAAGUCUUUGUUUACAAGGAGUAAACAAAGGACUUAAAUUUGAUCAAAAAUCUAAACAAAGAUGUAAAUUAGGAGGCAGUUUUUAAAGUUGACACUACAACUGCAAAGCUCAACUAAAGCUCUAAGUUCUAACAUAAGGAAUAAAAUUUCUACUCGAAAUUCGUCUUUUAAAUCUCAACUAAAAGUCUAACAACACUGUUUUUAUUAGCUGAUCAGCACUAUAUCUUGCAACAAAUUGUUAUAUCCCACGGUUUCAUUGAGAAAUGCGCCU